CUGCGCGUGCGCAGUGCGUGUGUUUGCGCCCGGCUCGGCUGGCUGCGCUGCGCUAUAAAAGAAGCGCCUCCAACCCGGAGCCGCAUCAGCUGAUCCACCUCUGCAGACCCGCACCGCCUCCGCUCAGACAUGGAUCCCUGCGACUGCGCCAAGACUGGAAAAUGUAACUGCGGAGAUUCUUGCACCUGCGCGAGCUGCUCCUGCAAAUCCUGCAAGAAAAGCUGCUGCUCUUGCUGCCCAUCAGGCUGCAGUAAAUGCGCCUCUGGCUGCGUGUGCAAAGGGAAGACCUGCGACAAGGGCUGCUGUCAGUGAGGAGCCUCCCCCUCCCCCACCUGCUGCUGAGGAGAAAAGUCUUUCUUUGUUUCCAUGGUGUAGAAAAUGUUUUGUACUCCUCUUGAAAUAAAGAUGUGUCAGUAUUG